CGUCGUCACUUGUACACCAUAUAUCGCGGGCGGCCUUUUUAUGAGCAGCUAGUUGGAUCUUGCUCUCCCUGACCCAGAGUGAACACAUCCUCCUCCUCCUCCUUCUCUUGGAUUGGAACACUGGAUCUGCUCCAAGAUCGAUCCUGAACCAAAGCAAGAUAAGCAAUGGCUCUAGUUGGUCAGGCUGCCAUGGUUGCGCAGUUUGCAGGAGUGGACGCAUACGGGAUCAUCAAGAUGAUCGCCGAUGCGGCGCAGACGGUCCGGAGGAACAGAGCCACCUGCCUGCAGCUCGCGCGCCGCGCCAAGAUGAUCGGAGACCUGCUGCACCAGCUCCACGCCGCGCAGCUCAUGCAGCAGCCGGAGACGAGGAACCCGAUGGAGCAGCUCGAGGAGACGCUCCGGCGCGCGCUGCUGCUCGUCAGGUCCUGCCAGGGCCGCAGAUACCUCUACCGGUGCUUCUUGGGGGCGCGCCACGCCGACGAGCUCCGCGAGGUGCAGGGUGAGAUCACCUUCUACCUCCAGCUUUUCCCUCUCGUCAGCCACGUCGACACCACCCUCACCUGGGUCAGACUCCUCAACAAAGGUGCUGCUCCUGAAGCUCCUUCAUGCAAAGAGGCACCUGUGGUAAGACCAUAUUUUGUGCCGGAUGAAUGGUGUUUGCUAGUUUCUCAUUCAGGAAGUAUACUUUGGCACUCUCUUCUUGUAAUAUCUACUAACCACCCGUCGGGAAAAAUUUAUUCUGGCAUGUAUCUGCAGGAGUUCAAAUUGUUGUGCAACUGACCAGUUAUUUCUUUUUUCUCAUCACUUCAUUAAAAGAAUUAGCGAUUAUCUAGCUAGCACAAUGUUUCUGCAACUGCUAGUUAGCAUUGCGCUUGUUAUGUAUCGCGCUCGCGCUCUUGUCUCUGGAGAAUCUGGCUGGCAUAGAGUGAAAAUCAAGUUCAUCCAAUCCAAACUGUGGUUGUAAGUCGGUCUCUCGUUCGUGUGCAAAAUAGGUAUGUUGGUAUUUUUCUUUUCCUUGCAGAAGAUCAGAUCAUAGUUGACAACUGACCAUGAGAAUCUUGUGUAUUGUUGUUUGUUUGCCACUCGAGUUAUUGGGUGUUCAUCUUGCAUUCAAAAGCUUACAUUUUGAUC